CCAUUGAUUUGUUUCUACUUUCUAACACAUAGUAUUAAUCUUCAGCCACAAAACGGAGGCUUUACAAACGAAAAUAGCUACAGCUCAGAGAGUGGUAGAAGACAAGUUCAUAUCUCUGCUACGAUCAUGUAGAACUCGCGAACUCCUCCACAAGAUUCAAGCCCAAAUAGUGACCAAUGGCCUCGAGCACAAUGGUUUCGUCACGCCGAGUCUCAUCAAGGCGUGCUCAAACCUGGGCGCGAUGGGUCAUGCCCGGAAGGUGUUCGACAAAAUGCCUGAGCCAAACACGGCCACUUGGAACGCCAUGUUCAAUGGGUACUCCCUCACGGAGUCCCACCGCGACGUUGUUGUCUUGUUUGCAGAGAUGAACCGCGCUGCUGCGGCGCCAUUGAACCACUUCACCUUGCCGAUUGUUGUGAGGUCGUGCUCGAAGGCAGGUGCCGUGAGGGAGGGGGAGCAAGUACACUGUGUGGCGGCCAAACGCGGUUUUAAGUGGAACUCGUUUCUGUGUACCGCGCUGAUUGAAAUGUACUCUGCCAAAGGGUCGGUUGGAGAUGCUUAUAAAGUGUUUGGUGAGAUGCCUGAGAGGAAUGUCGUUGUUUGGACUGCUAUGAUCAGUGCUUAUAUUUCGUGCGGUGACGUGGGUUCUGGGAGGCGCCUUUUGGACCUCGCGCCGGAGCGUGAUGUUGUCAUGUGGAGCAUUGUGAUUUCGGGUUACAUUGAAUCGGGGGAUAUGGUUUCUGCGAGGGAGCUUUUCGAUAAGAUGCCGAACCGGGAUGUGAUGUCGUGGAACACCUUGCUGAACGGUUACGCGAAUAGCGGGGAUGUUGGGUCGUUUGAGAAGGUGUUUGAGGAAAUGCCUGAGAGGAAUGUGUAUUCUUGGAAUGUCUUGAUUGGUGGCUAUGCUAGGAAUGGGCGCUUUUCUGAUGCUUUGGAGGCUUUUAAACAGAUGUUGGUUGAAGGGGAUGUGGUUCCUAAUGAUUUCACCCUCGUCGCGGUGCUUUUGGCGUGUUCGAGAUUGGGGGCUCUUGACAUGGGUAAGUGGGUGCAUGUGUAUGCAGAGAGCAUUGGGUACAAGGGAAACAUGUUUGUUGGGAAUGCUUUGAUUGACAUGUAUGCAAAAUGUGGGGUUAUUGAAAGUGCAGUUGAUGUCUUCAAUUGCUUGGAUAGGAGAGAUAUUAUUAGUUGGAACACUAUGAUUAAUGGCUUAGCCAUGCAUGGUAACACAGCUGAUGCCUUGAGUUUAUUUGAUCAAAUGAAGAAUUCGAGAGAACAACCAGAUGGGGUCACUUUUGUUGGAAUAUUAUCUGCUUGUACACACAUGGGAUUAGUCAGAGAUGGCUUCUUGUAUUUCCAAUCAAUGGUUGAUCAUUAUUCAAUUAUACCUCAAAUUGAGCAUUAUGGAUGUAUGGCUGAUUUGCUGGGAAGAGCUGGGCUUCUAGACCAGGCUGUGAGUUUUGUGAGAAAGAUGCCAAUGGAACCGGAUGCAGUUAUAUGGACUUCCCUACUUGGGGCAUGUAGGACACACAAGAAUGUUGAGAUAGCAGAACUGGCUCUUCAGCAUCUCAUUGAACUUGAACCAAAGAACCCUGCAAACUUCGUCAUGCUUUCAAACAUAUAUAAGGAUCUUGGAAGGUGGCAAGAUGUUGCCAGACUGAAGAUUGCAAUGAGAGAUACCGGGUUCAGGAAAUUGCCAGGAUGUAGCGUUAUUGAGUGCAAUGAUAGUGUGGUGGAAUUCUAUUCAUUGGAUGAGCGACAUCCUGAGACAGAGAGUAUCUAUAGGGCAUUGCGGGGAUUGACUAUGCUUUUAAGAUUACAUGGAUAUGUGCCAAAUCUUGUGGAUGUUGCUCAAGGAACUUGAAUGAUGGGAGAUGUAUUAUGAGUGGAUAAUCAACAUUUUAUGAUCGGGCUCAGCAUCCAAUAGAUUCAUAAGGCCUUUGACAUUGUGAAAAUCAUGCGGGGCGGAGACUAGGGUGAAUCACACCCCAUUCGGUUCACCGUGAUGUACCAUCAAUUAUUUAUACCAUUGGAUUUAACAAUAAACAAUUGAACGACCUAGACUGUUGAAGGGCAAUCAGGUUUGAAGAGUUGUUUUGAAUUUUGCAAUUUGGUCCUUAGAUUUAGAUUACCAACUUGUUUCUAGCAAAUGAGUGGCAAUGGCUGAUGAGACUAGUGAAAGAGAAUUCCGGGGACUACUGCUCCUCUGCUGGCGUUGUUGUCUAACACUGUAGAGUAACUUUUACCCCUCUUUCAUUGUUCCAUUUUUUUGAGAUCAUUCACCUCAACUAAGUCAGAUUUGUUUGGGGAUUCAAAUAUUUGGAUGAAUUGCAAUGUAAACCUUACAAGAGGAGGGUCAUUCUUAGUUAUUGCUGCCGGCUGAAAAGGGUAUUUUGAAACCUCUAACACACAUCUAAAUUCUUUCUCUUUGUUUACUUUCGCAUUUACGAUGAAUACAACAACUCAAUUGUCUUUCACACAUUCAUUCUUCAGUUUGGGUAUGACCUUCAAAGUAUUGCAAUUUAUGUACUCUCAUUUCUGUAUCAGCUUAAUCUGACCCUGUUUGUUGCUGUUUUGUGGGGAAAAAAGGAGACCAGAAAAAUUGGAACAACAAAACCAUGGCGGCGCUGUUGUAGGGAAAUAAAAUGGGUAUUGCGACGGGCUCGUCGGCUUGGGAAUGUUGACAGAGGAAUGAAAGAGUGGUGUCUGGUUUAGUGGUCCCUCAUCGCAGCCACCACACCCUACACGGGGGACACUAAACAGGAGGCAGCCGCACUGCCUUUCGCCGGAGACAUCUAAACCUUGGAAGAAGAAGGAAAUACGAGAAAAAAAAUGUACCGCGGUGGUUAUUUUUCACCGAAGAUAACACCCUUGCUUUGCUAGGUCAAAAAGUUAAGCAGAAGGAGGGAAUAAGAAAAAGUUUGCUUAUGGAACCAAUGUGGUAUUUGGCUACUUCUGGCUCUGUCAGUUCCCUCUUCACGGAAUAUGUUGAGUAUGGCUCAUAGGCAUAGGCAGUGUCAUUGGGGCAAUGGGCCGGGGUACGGUUUAGGGGUAUUAUUGUAAACUAGAUCGUUAGUAUCCCUAUAUAAGCUUGUAACAUUGUAACCCUAAUUAUUGUAUUCAUAAGAGAAUCAAUAAACGGAACUAUAGCUACUCUAUAGUCGCAGAGGUAGGCAAUUUGACCAAACUGCGUGAACAAAA